GCUCUGAGUUCCCAGGAGCGCGCAGUGCCGUCGGUGCGCGUGUCCCAGAGUGCAACGUCGGCGACACGCGAGAUCUAUUCAGGGGUGGGGGGCAGGCAGGCAGCCCUGCCUUCGACGGAGCCCUGCCCCUGGGGCCAGAGCGCGCGCCACGACCACGCCUCCGACGGUGCUCUCCGUCGAGGGACGCGGCUGCUUGAGCACAGGGCUGCAGCAGCGCCGUCGCUGCCUCGAAACUUCCCGGCCGGACCUCGAGCGGCUCGUGUGGGGCUGUCGCGUCCCGCCUGCGGCUGAGCCAAUGGGCUGGGCUGUGUCGGGGCUCACACUGCCCCCUGCGGAGGCGAACCUCAGCGUCGAGCGGGAGCCGAGCGGACUAUGCUAGAGCCCUCGGCGCCGGGGCAGCGGCGGGAUCUGCGCGGGGAUCGUGCCGGUGACGGCGGCGGGAUCCCAGCCCGGGAGGGGGCGCGUGGCGGGGGUGGCUGGCGCCGAGGCAGAGGGAGAGCUCCCUGCCCGGGCAGGCGGAGCCCCCCGCCGCCGCCGCCAGAGCGCUGGGAGUCGCCGCGGCGGCGCGGAGAGGCGGCCAUGCGGGGGGCUGGCUGCUGCUGGCUUGGUGGGCAGCCCUCCUCAAUAUGGUCCUCGACGUCCACGGCGCCGGCAGCUGCCCGCUCGUCUCCAGCCCGCGGCGCUGCUUCGCGCCCCACGCUCCCCGCCAGCUGGGCUCUGGCGGCGCGGCGGCGGCGGCGAUGAUUUCGGGCUCGCUGCACCCGCCCCGCUUAGGGAUAGGCGGCAAGCUCUUGCAGGGGGUCACGGCCAGCCCCGGGGGAGGCGGCCAUGCGGGCAGCGGUAGCGGCGCCGGCAGCGGCAGCAGCAGCCCCAGCCCGGGCUUCGCGGACAACGACACGCAGUGCGGGGAGCAGAUCCUGAGCUACGGCAACGUGGAGAAAGUGGUCAUCGGGGCCGCGCUGUCGCUCAUCACCCUGCUGACCAUCGCCGGCAACUGCCUGGUGGUCAUCUCCGUCUGCUUCGUCAAGAAGCUCCGGCAGCCCUCCAACUAUCUCAUCGUGUCGCUGGCGCUGGCCGACCUGUCGGUGGCCGUGGCCGUCAUGCCCUUCGUCAGCGUCACCGACCUCAUCGGCGGCGAGUGGAUCUUCGGCAGCGUCUUCUGCAAUGUCUUCAUCGCCAUGGACGUGAUGUGCUGCACCGCCUCCAUCAUGACCCUCUGCGUGAUCAGCAUCGACAGGUACCUGGGAAUCACCAGGCCCCUCACCUAUCCCGUCAGGCAGAAUGGGAAGUGUAUGGCUAAAAUGAUCCUGAGCGUGUGGCUGCUGUCGGCUUCAAUUACUUUGCCGCCCCUCUUUGGCUGGGCUCAGAAUAUCAACGACGACAAAGUUUGCCUCAUCAGCCAAGACUUUGGUUACACCAUUUAUUCCACGGCGGUGGCGUUUUACAUUCCCAUGUCUGUGAUGCUUUUCAUGUACUACCAGAUCUUCAAAGCCGCCAAGAAGAGUGCGGCCAAACAUAAGUUCGCCGGUUUCCCCCGCCCUGAAGAAAAUGAAGGGAUCGUUUCAGCGAACGGCAUCGCGAAACUGCAUAAGGAAUCGGAAGAGUGCACAAAUUUUUCGCGGCUGCUUAAGCACGAGCGGAAGAACAUCUCCAUCUUCAAAAGAGAGCAGAAAGCUGCCACCACCCUGGGGAUUGUUGUCGGGGCGUUUACGGUGUGCUGGCUGCCGUUUUUCAUACUUUCCACCGCCAGACCCUUUAUCUGCGGGACGUCUUGCAGUUGUAUCCCCCUGUGGGUCGAGAGGACAUUUCUCUGGUUGGGUUAUGCAAACUCUCUCAUCAACCCCUUUAUAUAUGCCUUCUUCAAUCGGGACCUGAGGACAACCUAUCGCAAUCUGCUGCAAUGCAGAUAUAGGAAUAUCAACCGUAAGCUAUCGGCCGCAGGCAUGCACGAGGCCCUGAAGCUUGCUGAAAAGCCAGAGUUUGUUCUUUUUGACCUUGGAUAAAACCACAUGGAGGAACUCUGAUUACUCAAGAAAAAAGAGCCAUGACUUAUGACUGGAUGCAGAUGAAACAGUCAUAUAAUGAAUAAGGCACUGCUGCGCAAGGAACAGCGUUGAAGAUCCAACCUGCAAGGAGACUGUGAUGGGCUCAGGAAACACACAGGGUCUUCUUGGGAAGGGGAUACUGUAAAGAAAGUCAAUGAGCUUGGUAUAUUGUAUUAAAUGUACUUCAGCAGAAUACAGUGACAUCUCUUUUGAUCACCUUUUCUUUUCUGCAGCUGAACCGAUGACCAUUGUGUACAAAUAAACCAUUUUCUUUGUUUGGGGGUGGGGGGAAGAGAAGAUGACAAGAUUGCAUAGGCAAUAAGCAGUUGGAUGCAUGACUGAAAUGGCGAGGGAGGUCCCUCUCAGGUGUGCCUUAUUGUGAGGGGCUCGCUCUACUUGUCCUGCCAACCCUAUGACUUUGCCAACUAUCCUUGUUAGUUGUUCUUGCACCCCCUUUUAUAAACCUUUCAACAAGAGCAGGCAAAAUUUCACCCUGGGUAUCAAUAUUUCACUCGCAAGGAGAAAUAAUCGAAAAGCUGUGGCAACAGAAGAAAGUGUAGAUGGGAACUGGAGGCUGAGGCCUGUAUCCAGUGCAAUGCUAAGUAGCCAUCAUCUCCCUCAGCACCAGGAUUUCCAUUUUUGUAAUUAGAUUUCCCCUCCCACCUUCCUCAAAUCUGCUCUGGAGAUUUGAGGGACACCCCAGAUCAGAUUUAGGGGCUGCACAGGGGGAGGAGAGAGGGGAAAGUCCCAUUAUGCAAGUGGAACUCCUUGUGGGGAUGGGACAGUUGCUUAAUGCUGCAUUGGAUAUAAGUCUGUGCAACCUUUCAUCUUUAUCAGUCAAUGUAAAUUAUAAAGAUCACUUGGUUACAGUUUUUUAACAACUUGUUUCUGACCAGGAAGACAAAAUAGGAAGGGUAACAACACAGCUUUAGUUUAUUUUUUGCACAUUCCACCUCAGCCCCCUUUUUUGCUCACUUCCUUUCCAACUUGCUCCUCGUCCUGUUGCUGAGAAUCAUAGGAAGUGUAGACACCACUAGAUUUAUAUUAUAUAAGCUUUAUUGGAAGUCUAUGCUUUGCUAACCUGUCCAUGGUCUGCAAAUACAAAUGGGAAAUAAACUUGCAGCGGUUUAGAUAUAUCAGUUUCCUAGUGCUAUGAAUAUCCAGGAAGGGACUAUGAUACAGAAUGUAUUUUGCAGGGUUGUUAAUGUUUUCCAAGCAAAGGAUUAUGGUUGUGAAGAUGCUUGCCACUGCAAGGUGCGAAAUAUUCUGGGCUGGCUCCAAUGCACAAAAGGUUAGCCAAGCUUGUCUCAGAUGAGAAGAUGCAGCACAACCCUAACCAUCGUUUACUCAAAAGGAUGUCCAGAUUUACUCCCAGGUAAGUAUGCUUAGACUUACAACCAUAGUGCAAAAAGAGAUCUUAAUUGUGUGUAAAGAAAUUAAAGUGCAUGCUUCAAAAAUUUAAUUAGCUGCUGCAGAGGGAACAGAAUUAGGACUCACCAACACCUCAGGCCUGUAAGAAAUUAUCCUCAGUGCUUCCCUGGGAUGGAAGUUUCCAUUUAAAGAUUUUUGUCAGAACUGUGGUACGCCUGGGGUGGAAUUGAACCACCCCUUCCUUUGCAUCCUGGUUCUGACCUAGCUCAAUGACCCACCCACCCAAGACAUGGCAGCUAUUUAAAUUGUUUAAAAGAUGCACAUUAACUCCUUGGAUGCAGUUAACAUCGUAUCUAGUUUGACCCUUGGCUAACAUGUCCCAUUGAUUUCCUUUGGGCUUUAGUGCAACUGAUAUUGAGCUGGUUGACAUGUAAUGCCAAGAGAACGAAGGCAUAGCUUGAACGCAUACACUCCUUGGGAAGAUUGUGGCUACUUCGCUCUUCCUCAAGCUCUUGUUGCUGUGUCGCUGUGAGCUAAGCCAUGGUUAGGCUUAGCAUUUUACCACAUGGUUUGUCUUGCUCCAGACAAGGAUGAGCUGUGACCAAGGUUUGUUCUUGGGUUUACAGCUCAUGUUUUGUCUGGAGGAGACGUACCAUGAGCCUGAAUUAGGAAGGCACACCGUAGCUUAGCUGCAAGCUGUGUGGCCAGCAGGAGGACCAAGGGAGGUUCGUGUUCUGUGUGAAUUGGUUCAUUCUCUGUAUUUGGCCAAUGUCUGGCUAAAGAAGAAGGGACAAAAGGAUAAAAAUGAGAUCUACUCAAAAGCAGCCAUCAGGUCUAAAAUAGGAAAAUCAUUUCUCUUUGACAUAGAAGGUAAUUUAAAUGGUGAUAGUGGAUCACUGGACUAUAUUAGGAAAAUAUAGGGCUACAGUGAAUUCGUUGCAGAUGAUUCAACAAGCAAAACCCAAUAUAUUCAACGCAACCCUUAAUUUAUGUGUCUGUUAUCCUAUUUCAAUGUCAUUUCGGGGUGUGCUAAAAUGUGUUAAUAAAUUAUAUGAAUGGUGGUAUGAUUUCAGCA